AUGGCGCUGAUCGCAACCGAAACCAAAGCGCCGCAAUUCUUCGAUGACAGGAAGCCGCUCGCAGAUCCUCCGUCCGUCGCAGUAACACCUUGUGAUCCCUGGCCUCGACCCUAUUACCUCGAGAAUGGCCUCCGGCGCGUGGCGCCAUAUCAUUUCACAUACAAUACCUUCUGCAAACAGCGAUGGCGGGGACGGGAAAUCCUCGACAUCUUCGCCGCCGAGUUUCGAGACCGCACACGCGAGUACUACAAGCAGGCAAUCGAGACGGGCCAGAUCUCGAUUAAUGGGAAACCAUGUAAAGAUGUCCAUACCAUUGUUCAGAAUGGCGAUGUCAUCUCACAUACGCUGCACAGACACGAGCCGCCCGUGACGGCGCAGCCGAUUCGAGUCAUCAGUGAAACCGAUGAAAUGAUUGUUAUCGACAAGCCCGCCGGUGUGCCCGUGCAUCCGGCUGGUCGGUACAACUACAAUUCAGUCGUGGAGAUCAUGAAAGCCGAGCGCCAUUUCGCAUUCAAGCCCUUACCCUGCAACAGACUUGACCGGCUGACCAGUGGUGUAAUGUUUAUUGGCAAGACAAGCAAAGAAGCGGAGGCUAUCAGUGAAAAACUACGUGGCCGCACUGUGCGCAAGGAAUACGUUGCAAGGGUCAAAGGCCGAUUUCCUGACGGAGAAGGCUGGGAUGGGGAUCCAAUGCGUGGAGGGAUUGUAAAUUGCGAGGAGAGCAUUCUUCAAAUCAGUCCCAUUGUCGGACUCAAUCGAGCGCGGGCGAGCGGCAAAUCUGCGAAGACUUUGUUCAGACGAGUGGCAUAUUAUCCUCACAAACCAUAUACGACGGCAAAUGCGUCAGCGACGUCGCCAGACGGCCAGACAAUGGCCCAGCCGGCGCCUGCAAUUUCUGGUACUGAGAACGAAGGUUACAGCAUUGUCCAUUGCCUCCCUUUGACGGGGCGAACACACCAGAUCCGGGUCCACCUACAGUUCUUGGGACACCCGAUCACGAACGAUCCAAUCUAUAGUAACAGAGCCGUAUUCGGACCUGGUCUUGCCAAAAACGAUGCAAGCCCCGAAAAGGACGAGGAGAUAAUAGCAAAGCUGAAACUCAUGGGGAAAAGUGAGGUUUCUGACUCCAUAUCAUACGAGCAGCAACGACUGGCAACGCUUGUGGACCAGACACAACAGAUGACCGUGUCUGAAGCUGCCAAGUUGAGCGAUACAUCACGGGCAUCUGCAUCAGCAAAAGACGAUCCAUAUUUCAAACCAUUACCAGCAGGCACACUACAUGCUGGGUCUCUUGCGCCAUGCGGCGAAGAUGCCAUGCACCAUGACCCUCAGUAUGGGGCUUUCGUGAAAGCGCACGAUGAGAUGGUGGCCGACUACAACAAGCGGAAGGGAGAGAAAAUGACAGGCGAGAAAUGUGCAGUAUGCGACACUCCAUUGUACUCGGAUCCCGGCCCUCAUGAGCUGGGCAUAUAUCUUCACGCGCUGUCGUAUGCUGAUGUGGUCGAAGGGAGCUGGAGCUACCGCAGUCCUGCGCCACAGUGGGCAUUGCCUCCAGAGGGCGUUGAUGGACCGCGAGAUAUUGGUCCUUGGGAGUAUCGGGGUGAUGAAGUCCUUGAGAUCGGCGACGAGAAGGAGGAUGAGAAGAUGAAGAACCGAACCGGGUUGAUGAAGAACAAAGGCGAAGUUCUUUGA